AUGGUGAUCAGCGAGGGUUCGGACGUGGUGCUCACCGCCAGCUCGCACAAGCCGUUGCGCCGCAAGCACCAGUGGCUGCAGUGGGACUUGGGGCCGCCGCACCUAGUGACCGGGGUGGUGACGCGCAGCCGCAGGGACACGGGGCGCAACCACUGGGUCAAGGCCUACACCCUCACUUACUCCAACGACUCCAAGGUCUGGCUCACCAACAAAGACGACAACCACCUCGAUACUAAGCAAUAUUCUGUGUACAUCCAAGGCAGAGGCGUCACCUGUGCACUGUUGCAGGUGUUUGGAGGCAACCUGGACAAGCACACGGAGCGGCGCCACUACCUCAACUCCCCCUUCAAGGCCCGCUACGUUCGCCUGCACCCCCAGCGCUGGAGGAAGUCCAUCGCCCUGCGCGCCGCCCUCAUCGGCUGCCCACACACAGGGGAUUGCGGCGAGGGCUUCUUCCGCGUCACGCCCGAUACCAGCUGCGUGGAGAACAUCGCCUACAAGGGCAGCACUUGGGUCAACGACAAGAGACACUCGUGGUCAGACUGGAACUACGCCCCGGCGAGCCUGGCCGUGGACGGGAACCGGGACACGACCCUGCAAUCGUGCCCCGUCAUCGACAACGACAGCGUGGACGAGCCCGUGUGGAUGGUGGACCUGGGCGGGCGGCAGCAGGUGCGCGGCCUGGCGCUGCUCACCUGGCAGGGACGUGGCCAAGACCAGCAGACCCUGUACCGAGACUACGUGUUCGGCCUUGACCGCCUCACAGUCUUCGUCGAGAACCAGCGUCGCCUGGACACACUGUCGCCGCAGGACCACAAAAAGUGCGCCUCCAUUACAAGACUGAACAACGCUCUCUUCAGAGAGCGCGUGCACGUGGAGUGUCCUCAGCCCCAGGGCCGAGAGAAUACAGGGUCCGCGCAAGGAGCCACCAAAAACUCCACCGGGCCGCGCAGGUCGUGACGUCACAGGGUGCGUGCAGGGAAGAGUCCGAGGUGGCUGCCGCGGCCAGUCUGGGUUCAACCGUGGCGGGGUGUGCGCCACUGUCAUGCCAAAGCAUGACAGUAAGACAGCAAAGAAAAACAAAAGGAAGAUCCUGAUUGGUCAGGAUGAAAAGUUAUGAGGACAUAAGAAUACUGAUGAAUUGUCUGUGAACUGUAAUAGUAUGCACUGAUGUUGCUCCUAACAUAUUAUUAUGCCUUUUCCGAAGUAUGCACCAGUGUUUUGUUACUUUUGAUAGUGGUAUCAUUAAAUGUGACCCCUAGU